ACCAUCAUGGCGGUCGGCAAGAACAAGCGCCUUACGAAAGGUGGCAAAAAGGGAGCCAAGAAGAAAGUGGUUGAUCCAUUUUCUAAGAAAGAUUGGUGUGAUGUGAAAGCACCUGCUAUGUUCAAUAUAAGAAAUAUUGGGAAAACACUAGUCACCAGGACGCAAGGAACCAAAAUUCCUUCUGGAACCAUUUUAUUUGGGUGUAGGGAAAUUGCAAAAGCAUAA